CCGCGAAGCAGUAUUGCAUUAUUGCAUCACGCCACCGGAAAUCAACCAUCUCUCUUCGUACGUGGCCUUCUCUCAUUCGUCUAGUCCAUCUCGUCGGGAUUCAGAUCACCACCAAAGCAAAAGAAAAAAACGAGAACCCACACAUACACACACACGUACUGUGUGUCACUCUCACCUCUCUCGCUCAUGUGUUUUCUCACUCCCUGAAAAACCCCAAAUUUGUCAUUAUUUUCUUGCUUACACCCUCCAGAUGUCAUCAAUUUCCAAUUCCUCACUGCUUGAUCUUUCCGUUACAUAUAAUUUUGAUUGGUAAUCGUUCUGAUUUUACUGUUGCUUUGGAUUUUUUGUAUCUUCUGCACGGAUAAUGCUGUAAGAAAAAAAAGCAGCAAUGGAGGAGAGUUAUGUGAAUAAUGGUGGUGCUUGUGGGUUUUCUACUCCUGCUCAAUUCCAGAGCUGUGGCGGUGGUGGUGGUGGUGGCGAUAGCAGUGAGGAAGAGUUGUCCGUACUGCCCCGCCAUACUAAAGUGGUGGUCACCGGAAACAACCGUACGAAGUCUGUUCUUGUUGGGCUACAAGGUGUUGUGAAGAAGGCUGUUGGUCUCGGAGGCUGGCAUUGGCUGGUUCUCACGAAUGGAAUAGAGGUGAAACUGCAGAGAAACGCUCUAAGUGUGCUUGAAGCUCCAACUGGUAACGAAGAAGACGAUGAUCUUGAAUUCGAAAAUGGACAUUGGAACAGCUCUGAUCUGGCAUCUGAUGAAACCCAAAAGUCGCAUCGAUCAAGAAACCGCCCUCAUAAAUCAUCCGGGUCGUCACAUAAGACUGUUAGCCGGUCUCUAUCUUGUGACUCACACUCCAAAACCUCCUUUACAACUUCCCGUGGGUCCGUGAGAUGGCUGCCUUGCGGAGAUAUUUGGCGACACUUUAAGCUUGCGGGUGCUAUCCCGAAUCCGUCGAAGGAGCAACUUGUUGACAUUGUUCAAAGGCAUUUCAUGUCCCAGACACUGGAUGAGUUGCAGGUGAUUGUAGGGUUUGCACAGGCAGCAAAGAAGUUGAAGACGGGCUCACUUAAUCAACCAUUCCUCCAUUCACUCAGCCUAUACUCCCUCAAACUUCUUGACUCACAAUCACCAUCAACAAUGGCAGAAGAUGCAUAUACAAUCGUUGAUGUACACUAUAAUGGGGUGUUCACACCUACCUCAUUGAUGUAUUUUGAUGAAGUAAAAGCCUCUGUACCAUACACGGUUGUGAACAAGAUGAACUUCCCUAAUUUCAUCCCCUUUCUUGAAAAGCUUACUAACGGAAGAUGCAGAGAUGUGUAUUACUGUCCACAUGAAGUGAGGUUGGCUGAGGGAUUACAUGUUAUUCAGAAUGACUGUGAUUUUAACGAGUUUCUUGAAAAUAUCAAUGAAAAGAAGAGAUUGGAUGUGUAUGUGGAUCAUCAUCAUGAACCUUUCUUUGAUUGGAUUCAGGAGGAAGAAGCAGACAUUGAAGAUGAUGAUUUGGUUUCUAUUGAUGAUGUUGACUCCAUUUUAGAAGAAGGUCUGAAAGCUGAACAUGUAGAGGACGAUGAAGUUAUAUCUCUCAAAAGAAACUUCAAUGAUCAAUUCCUCAACAAACUUUGUCCAAUACAAAAUGAUGACUUGGUUGAAGAAGAUCAUAAUGCAAUACGACCUAUCUACCCAAGACAUGAUCAUACUCAGAAAUGGAAUGAGAUGAAGCCUCGAUUAGGUAUGCAAUACGACCUAUCUAUCCAAGUUAAUCAACUCCAGCUCCAAGCACAGCAGAAAGCUCAUGUCAAGAGAACUCCUGUGAAGAAGGCUCCUGUGAAGAGAAGUCCUAUGAAGAAGGUUCCUUUAAAUGAUGCUGGUAGGGUGAGAAAGUUUUCAGAAAGAAUCAUAGAAAUUGGUCUUCAGAAAAAUGUUAAAGUCAAGGAUGGAACUGGAUGCAGCCAAGACAAACCUGUGACCUUAGAGUAA